UCUAUUACACACUUUUGUAUCCCCACGUCAUACAACGUUAGGUCAGGCUUUCCCUCCCUCCCCACUCCCCACUCUCCUCUCUCUCUCUCUCUCUCUUUAUUUCAUUUUUCAUCAUCAUCAUCUUGUUACUCUUAUCUUGCAUGCUUUUUCUCAUAAGUUGUUGUUGGCCCAAGUAGAAAUGAAAAUUAUGUCCCAACCAAAGAGUAAAGGUAGAACCUGAGAAUAAAUCUUCUUUUUCCUUUUCUUCUUCAUCGUUUUCUCUUGUUUCUUCUUCUUCUUCUUCUUUUCUCUUUGUCUAACCUAACCCAACUCCUUCAUCAACCAUCUCAUCAUCAUCAACAAUAUCAUCAUCAUCACCAUUCUUACCGUGUUACCAUCUGAAAAUGGUCAAAUCUCUUUGACCAAACCUACUUUGAAAGAAAUAGAAACCAAGGAGAAAAAACCAAAACAACUAAAAAUAAGGUGAAAGGUAUUAACCUUUGAUUAACCCUCGCAACAGUGAUAAGUUACAAGUUUAAUCGGAUCAUUUCUCAUCGAUCAUCACAGCUUUAUUUGUUUGCCUGCUUAUUGUUUAUCAUUUUGAUCAACAAUCAGCCCUCACAUUACACUUCUUACAUAUCACUUGUUUUGUUUUGUUGUAUAUUGUUGUUUGUUGUUUUAUUGACAGUCUAACCUUAUACUUUUGUGUGUUUUCAUGUAAAUACAAUAUCACUUCAAUUGUCUUGUAAUCUAACCUGUCAUAAAUUGUUGCUGUUAAUAUGUUUUCAUUAUAAUUGUGAUUUGAUAUAUACAUAAAAAUAUAGUAAUAUAAAUAUUUCUAAAUAUUAUCAAUUUUUCAUAAUAAUUUUUGUGUUCAAAUGUUGUAAACUGAAAGGUUUACAUUUGAUAUCUGGUAACAACUUUGGCCUGACUACUCAUCUUUACCAGCUUUUUUCAUAUUAACUGUUGCACUUGCUUUUUAUGUUUUGCCGUUUUUUUGCUUGCUCUUCUUUGAUUGUUUUCUGUUGUAACAAUUGAUUUGCUGAUCCAAGAAAACACCAACCAACCAAGCUAAUCAAUAAGGUGACAAUUUAGCCUGAUAUGAUGAUCCUGUUGAUCACCAUUCAAUGAUUCCUUCAAAUACAAGGAGAAGGUUUAUCAAGAAAUAUAAGUGAAUAAGCUGAAAACAUGUGGCACAAGUUUUAGUUUAUUGUGUUUCCAUUUUUUUUACCUUGUUCCACGACUGUGUUUUCACCAUUGGUUGAUUGUGACCUUAACCUAACAUUAAUCAAAUGUUUUAAGUGUAUUAUUACUGGCCAUAAUUGGUAACUAAAGUUGAAAAGCCAAAGAUACCGAGAGAAACCAAUAAACCAAAAAGAUACCAGCACAAGUUAACAAAACAGGAAUACCAAUUUGGAUGAUUCAACGUUCAACCAUUUUUUAACCUAAUCUUUUUUUUGUGUCUGUUGACUGUGUCUUUCAACCCAUUUGACCUGACCAUGGCAACAACUAUUAGUCUAAACAACGGUGGACGUAAAAUGGGUAACAGUAUGUAUGAAAAUCACUGUCUCCGUUGUAACCACGUUGUGUACCAAGUGGACAAAAUUGGACCAUUGAAAGACUUCACCUUUUUCCAUCAAGGUUGCUUCAAAUGCGCCAAUUGUGGAACCAAGUUAACCUUAAAAACCUAUUACAAUAAUCAACAAGACAAUGAUGAUAAAGAGGUUUAUUGUCAGAGUCACGUACCUAAAACAGGUCCAGGUAAACUGGACGGACUAUCAGUUGGGAUUAAACAAGCGCUCAACAUACCCAAACCCAAUCAUCUAGUUAAUGAUCAAAUCCGUGGAAGUGGUAAAGGUACCUUUGACGUGGAAGCUCUUGGCAUUAAAACAGCUCUAUCAACACCUAAACCCUACGAACCUGAGCAACAUCGGAACCGUGAAAAUAUGGCCGGACGAUUCGAUGCUUCAGCCCUUCACAUUCAACACGGUAUCAAUGCAACCAAAUUACAGCGCAACUACAAAAAUGCUGCCGAUGAAGCCAAAAUUGAAGAGUUUCUGGAUGAAGAGACUCAGAGGAAGCUUGAGAUGCGACACCGAGCUGAAGAGGAUGCUUUAUAUCGUCAAUUUGCCAAGAAAAGAGCUGAAGAAGAGGUCACCAUUAGUCAACAGAUUCAAGAGGAAUGGGAAAAGGAAUUGGAAAGGUUAACAUCAAGAUUUCAACAUGAGAUUUCGAUGAAAAAGAGUCGAAAGUUUUCUUCAGAUGAAGAGAAAGCAAUGACUCUCAGAUUACAACGAGAGAAACAAGAUCUUGAAAAAAAUAUGACCAUUAAAUUGGACCGGAAGAAAGAAUCGUUGACCCGAAAGCUUCUUGAGCAAGAAAGACAAGCAACUGCUGAAUUGGUUGACAAACAAAGCAAAGAGAUGAUGAGCUUGAUUAGCGAGAAACUUGUUGAAUAUCAUCAGAAUCUUGAACCAAUUGAUGAUAGAAGGUUGAUCAAUGAAGAAAUUAACACUACAAUUUAUCCGAGUCAAGCUCCACCGCCAUGUCCUCCUUCAAUUUCAAAAGCAGAGAUUUACACUGAUCCUAAAGUGUUUACUCAUAUUGACGAGGUGGCUAUAAAUGUUGCUCGAGAAGAUCAGCAUACUUUCACCGAUUUAGUAAGACUGCUUAUUAGUCCAUGUAAUAAUGAUAUAGAGAAAGCUCGCGCCAUAUUUCGUUGGAUCACCGUUAAGAAUCUUAAUACCAUGCAAUUUGACGAUAAUGUUAACGCUGAUACUCCGAUGGGUAUCUUGCGAGGAAUUAAACAUGGAACUGAAAGUUAUCAUGUGUUAUUCAAAAGGCUAUGCAGUUAUGCUGGUCUUCAUUGUGUAGUCAUCAAAGGAUACUCUAAAUCAGCUGGUUAUCAACCAGGUAUACGAUUUGAAGAUAAUCGAUUCCGUAAUUCAUGGAACGCUGUUUAUGUUGCCGGUGGUUGGCGUUUUGUUCAAUGCAACUGGGGAGCACGACAUUUAGUCAAUGCCAAAGAAGUACCUCGACCCGGAUCUGUAGCAAAAGGUGGCAAAUCAGAUUCCCUUAGGUACGAAUAUGAUGAUCAUUACUUCCUCACGGAUCCAAGGGAAUUCAUCUACGAGUUUUAUCCAUUGCAACAUGAAUGGCAAUUGUUGAAACAUCCAUUAACUUUGAUUGAAUUUGAAGAGCUGCCUUUUGUGAGGUCACUAUUUUUCCGUUAUCAACUUUAUUUUCCCGAUGACAAAGACACCAAAGCAGUUCUUCAUACAGAUUCUUCGGGUGCUGGUAAUGUUCGUAUAGGAAUGCCUACUCGGAUGAGUCCAUCUCUUAUUUUCCACUAUAACCUUAAAUUUUGUGGUGAAUCAGGUAGUGAAGCUGCUGGCUCAGACACUUUCGAAGGUUGCUCACUCAAACGAUACGUGAUGCAAUCAGUGUCCAACAAUAUCGUCUCCUUCAGAAUUCAUGCACCAACCUAUGGUCAAUUUAUCAUGGAUAUAUUUGCCAAUGCUACAACACCUCGUGAAUAUCUAACUGGUGAACCAAUGAAAUUUAAAUCUGUUUGUAAAUUUAAGAUUCUUUGUUCACGUUUGGACACUGUUAUGGUUCCCUUACCAGAUUGUGCAUCUGGUGAAUGGGGACCCAUGAAAGCAACCCGUCUUUUUGGUCUUAUUGCUUUGACUCACCAGGAAGCUCUUAUUUUUGCAUCUGGAUCCACUGUUGAAAUUCAAUUUAGAAUGUCAAGACCAUUAACUGAUUUCAUGGCAUCUCUCCAUAAAAACGGAGUCGAAGAAAAGAAACUGUUGAAAUAUGUGUCAACUUUUGUCCAAGAUGAUAUUGUUACAUUUUUUUGUAAAUUUCCUGAUGAUGGUCAAUAUGGCUUGGAUAUUUAUACAAGAGAAGUCGCUUUAGGAGAAAGAGAAAGAAGUUCAAAUGGAUCAAAUGGUCAUCACCAUGAAAAACAAUUUCUCACUCAUUGUUGCAAAUAUUUGAUCAAUGUUAACACCAAGCGAAUUUAAAUUAGUUUAACAAGCUUUUUCAAAAUAAUGGCAUUUACAAAGACAAUUGAGUCUAUUGGAUAGACAUUUAAAUUUAGUCAUAAUCAAUAUGGACAUUAUUUUUUUGCAUAAUAUUUUUGAUAAUUGAAAAUCUUUAAUCAACUCAAGUGAAUUGAAUAUAACAAAAAUCCACAUCGAAUCUGGAGAAUCUGUAAAAACUAUUUUCAACUCUGAAUGCAAUACAAAAGAUUUUUGUUUUGUUUUUUGUAUCUACAAAAAAUUUUAGAUUUAAGCAUUUCUACAAUUAUUUCAUCCUUGUUUCUUCCAUCUACUUCCACAAGUUAAUCUGUUUUUAUGUAAAUUAAUACAAGUAGAGAUGAAACCAUUUAUCAGCCGAUGUAAAACUUUAAUCGAUUCAAAACAAUAAAAUGAUCGAGGAACUUA